AAUAUGUCCUCCGAGCAUCAAUUCGUCGCGCGAUCUCCUACACGCCUAUCCAAGAAGAGGAAUUACCGUAGCGCCAAAACCCCUCAGUCUUUCGCCCUGUUUCUUGCACCUUCGACCAUCUCUCUGCUGAAUGGGCAGCGAUGCAGGAUCCAGGAUGUGAUGCUUUCAGGUGACAACAGUGUGCCAUUGGUCAGUCUUGGGGCAUGAACAAGUCACUUGGCUCGGUGAAGGACUAUAAAUAUGGCUCUUGCACUGAUCACAGACUACAGAAAAUUCUUUUCUCUUCAACCUGGUUGCAUCGAUCAGGAUAGCAAGCUGUCCAUAUCUCUUUACUAACAGAGCCUCACCCUAUCAGUUGAGAGAGCCCUUUAUUAAGCUGAACCAUGGAUCCUAAAGGAUCCGCUCCUCCUCCCCGUGAACAAAAUACCUCCAAGCCUGCGGAUGAGCUCGAAGUCAAGCCAUAUACGGGUCAACCACGCCACAAAAAUUGCCGUCAGUGCAAAAGGUCGAAGUGCAAAGUGGGUUUAUACAUUUAGCAAGAGUCCUAUUCCCCUUCUCUGAUUUAUGUUGCAGUGCGUGGCUGUCCCCGGGAAAGCGUGCCAAAAAUGCCAGGACUCCAACAAAGACUGUACUCACGCUUCCAAUGUGGCUACUCCGGCUCCUAUUGCUGCUGCAUCACACCCAGCUGGAUACAACACACCCACAGCCGUUGGUCAGGUUGGGUCUGAUCAUGUUGGCCAGCGUCAGGCAGGGCCGCCGAGGCUUCUACCAGAGCAUCGUGAGAUCAAUACACUUCCGAUGGCAGGGUUGCCAGGCGCUGCAUGGAACAGUCAAGGCUCUUCAGGUUAUCCCCAACCUCCUGCAAGUCAGUAUGGAUCCGACCCGGGCACUGGGACAUCUCGCAUGGGUAAUAUCCCGCAUGACUUGGCAAUCGAUCCGCGCCUGGGGGCACUUGGUCACGAUCCUCAACAUCCUCAAUUGGGCCUAGGUCAAGGACAUGCCAUGGCUUUCCGACCACUGGAGUACGGUCACCCGAUCCAUCAACCUUCUGGAGUCUAUCAAGAAAACAAUAUGCAGGAUGCAGCGUAUGUUGGGUAUGCCGAGGGGACGGCAUCUACUCAUCCGCCUCCAAUGGGUUCUCGUGGACAACAAGAAAGCAAAGACCAACAGAAGAGGAAAAGAAAGACUAAAGCCGACAAUAAACAGACACAUGGAGCCAAAAACCCCAGGAGACUUUCGUGA